AUGGAGCCGGAGAUGCAGGCGGCGCUGAUGAAGGUCGGCGUGUUCGUGCUGGUGCAGGCGCUGGUGUACCUCUUCCUGUCGCAGUCCUCCACCGUGUUCUCGCGCACCAAGAGCCUCGGCCUCCGCCCCGCGCGGUCGCUCAGCGCGCGCCGCAUGCUCGCGCUGCUCUCGUCCGACCUGCCGCUCGCCGCCGGGGAGCCCUCGCCCGUCGCCGCCGCCUUCGUCCGGACGUGGUCCGCGUCGUCGCCCAUGCUCGCCGCCGCCCACCACCGGAAGCAGGACUGA